AGUGAACAAAUACAAAAGGUAAUUUGUGUUGUACAGAGGAAGAGAGAGGCAGAGGAAGGAGAAAAUGGCAUGUUGCUACCAAAACGAAUCCUGUAGUUCAUUUCUGCAAACUCUGGACUAUAUGUUUUGAGCAGACUCUGACAAGAUCAUCACGGAGAAAGUUAUUGCUGCAUAAAGAAGAUGGCACAGAAAAACAAGAAUGCUUUCACGGCUGUUUCAAUGAAUGCUCUGGAAUAUUGAACACCUGCCUGGACAACGACGAGAAGGGAGAUGCUAGAAAAGACAAGGGUCUAGUGACGUAUUACGCAGAAAGCCUCCAGCCCUACAACAUCUGCCUUGGCGCAUCUUACAAUGGAUUUUAGCCCUUGAUGAGCCAGUCUUCUCAACUCAGAUGUGUACUGUCUAUAGCUAUAAUCAAUAAUGCCAGAAAAACAGUCUUCAGUAUUAUCUGAUAAUCAUAUUAGCUGAGCAGCAAAUUAAUCACAGGUUACAGGAAAAAGAAUGCAAAACCUGACAUAUGUGCUGCUCACUGCCUGGUUCUUAUUGCUUCUGCUUGCUGUGCCCACCCCCAUUACUUCAGGGAAAUGCAUCCAUGAUGAGGUACAGCAAUCCCUGAAAGUUGUGUCCCACUCUCAUGAUCUACGUACACCUUCUAGCCUUCGUUCUGCCCGGUCGUCUGUUCCACAAUUAACUCUGCAUCCACUGCGGAUCAAAGCAUGGUACUCGAGCACAGAAACCAUGUCAACGAACCUCGAUGAAUUGGCCAGACUCAAUGCUUCUGUGCAAGAUGCAAUUCAGAUUAUAGCAAACAUCUUGAAAGUGAACCGUAUUCAGAACAAGCUGCUGUUAAGUCGAGACAUUGACAAAUACUGCCGCUCCAUCUGGAAAGACCCAGCAUCACCCAACUAUAACAAAUGUGGUCAGCUGAAUCCCACAUACAGUACAGAGACUUGUCUGGAUGUAACGAUCCCUGAUGAACAUCUUACUGGAUAUGCUGUAUGGCCACAGUAUGGUAACACACCUUCCCAAGUAAUAAAGAGCGAUGGUGAAGGAGUGAAAGAUGCAGACUUCCUUCUGUAUGUCAAAACUGGAAACACAGGAAAGUGUCACAGUGAGCCUUCAGUCAUUGCCUAUGCUUCAUACUGUCAGACAGAUUCAACAGAUCGACCCAUUGCAGGCGUUGUGGUGUUCUGCAAAGACCGGCUGCAAGCAUCUCAGUUUAUACGAGAGAAGACCUUGUUGACAGUAGUACAUGAGUUGUUUCAUGCACUGGGCUUCUCUCGGGACCUUUUUGAGAAGUGGAAAGAUUGUUCCUCUGCUCCAUCAGUCGGUGUGAACUGCUCCUCUCGAGUCAGAGUGACUAACACAGAUGAGACAAACACGGUGAAGAUCUACACACAGAAUGUGAUUCAGAAGAUGAAGGAACACCUGGCUUCCAGCUCUGAUGAAUUAGGAGGUCCCCUGGAGAACUGGGCCAGUGCAGGCGUACCUUCCUCACACUGGGAGGCUAGGGUCCUUCAGGGCUCACUAAUGACAGCAGCACUGGGACAAGUGAACUUGACACAGCUUGAUGAGAUCACACUGGCAGCAAUGGCUGAUACAGGCUGGUAUGAAGUUAACUACAGUAUGGCAGAGAAACUUGUCUGGGGACAAGGUGAAGGGGCAACUUUUGGCCUUACUGAAACUUGUGCAGAUAAUACAUCCCAAUACUUCUGUCAAGGAAGUAACCUUGGCUGCCAUUUCCUACAUCUGGAUAAAGGAGUGUGUUCCACAGACAACUUUCUAGAUGGCUGCAGAAUGUUUAAACCCAUAACAAAUGGGAGUGAAUGCUGGAAGGAGGAAAACCGCCAUUUUGCAACAGAUGCUGAAGAUGUUGGUGAGAUUUACCACCACGAUAGUCGCUGUUUCUUCUCUAACCUCACAAAAGCUAACUCAACUGAAAAUGAAACAGAAGUUGUUUCAGGCCGUUGCUACCUUCACAGAUGCACAGAUAAGAAAGAGCUCCAGGUGAAGGCUGAAGGAUCACCAUGGUUAAACUGCACUCCAGGCACUGCAAUUGAGGUCCCUGGAUACAGGGGGCUGUUGUUUUGCCCAGGCAAACAUCUGUGUCUCAGUUCGCCACAGCCUUUUCUCUUAUCAAAGACAGGAACAACAAUCAAUGUUCAGGAAAAUGAAAGAAGCACGACUGCUUCAAGCAACAGCCAGUACACUGAGCUGGAUGGAAAAUCUCUUACUGUACACAUCUUAUUUAAGAAAGUAGAGAAGCUAUCCAAGAUUAAUGAGACAGAGAAGCCAGAGUUUGUAGAAGCAGCUGUUUAUCAACUGUCAGUUGCUGUAAAUGCCAGCAGGUGCCAUUUCCACAGCCCUUUGCUCUCACAGACUAUGGAGCUAACACUUCAGCUCUGGGAGUUUCUUGACUGCGUAGAUAACUCUAUUGAUGUCAUUUACAACAGAAUAGACCGAGAGAUCAAGGCACAAAGAAUCACUAUAAAACAUAAUGGAGAAGAUUAUAUAGCAGUCCACAUAAGGAGACUCAAUGGUACAAGUACUGCAUCCACACAAUUCUGGAGGGAAGAAACCACUGUGACCAUAGCCUGCACAAGUCUGGGUAUCUCUCUCAUGCUUAUUAUUGUGGGGUUCCUAAUUUAUAGAAAACACAUGGCUACUACAAGCAGAAUUCAUUCAUCCUAUUGGCCACCAGACAACCAUCAGCACCUUCCAUCAAGUCUGAAUUACCUCAGUGCAACUGGACACAUCUGGACUGUGCCAAUAACAGAAAGAGGGGGAAGGGAGAGGUAAAGAGUGACAGAAUAAAAAAGAAAACAGGGUGAAUUGUAAUGAUUACUACAAAUGCUGGUUUUGCAAGUUUCAGAUGACUGAAGCCAGAGACAACAAAUGUUUACCACAAUACUCAUGAAGGCAAACCAGCCACCAAAAGGUUAUAGAAAAAGUACAAUGUGAAUAAAUAAAACCGGGCACGGCUCAGAGCUCAAGGAAAGAUUUAAUCCAAGUCUGUUUAGAUCUUCUUCAGAACUGAGUACAGUGAAGGAGACGUAUAAAUAUGAGUAGGCUAAAACCACAUGAUCAAAAACAACCAAUCACAAUUAUCAGUACACAUGCAAUGCACACAAAAAUAACUUGUUAACACUACAUUAAAACUUGCACUUCCUUACUGAGUUUGAUUUUAAAACAUUUAAUAUUGAUGGAAUCAUACAGACUUGAUUUAUUGGCAUUUAUACUGAUCUGCCACAAAACUUCCAACACUUCCUAAUCAUUUUCACAGUCAUCUCCUCUAUGAUUGUAAUAUAGUGAAUUAAUAAUUAAAAAAAGAAAACUUUUUUUUUUUUAGUUUACAUCAUGUUUAAGCAAUGUAUUGAUACUGUUAUUGGUCUUACUAGCACAUAUGUGCUGUCUGAGCCUGUGAAGUAAUUUCAUGUUGGUUUUGCCAACAUAAGGCAUCUCAAGAAACAUUGUUGCACAGUACCCAACAUUUUCACUUUGAUAUAUACAUCUCUCUGUUUGUCCCCAGUACUACAAAUCAAGAGUAUGAGAAAUGAAUUGGUGUCACAUAUCUGGACUUGCACCUCUCAUAGUCAUUACAGGUGCCAAAGCGCUACAUGGGCUAUGAUCAUAUUCUUCUAGAAAAUGUGUCUAAAUCAAACUUCUCAGUCAAAUUUUACAAGUUAUUUCCCUUUCAUCCAAUGAAUUUAGAUUCUAACCCGACUUAUCAAUACCAUCAGGAUAACCUAAACAAUUUUCUAAUUGUCCUUAAAUUAGACUUCAAACUAUUUGUAUACAUACUAAUACCUAUCAGCAAAGCAGACAGGAAAGUCAAGUUAUCAUGUCUGUUAGACUGGUAGCAUUCUGUUUUCAACAAAUAUGGGCUUAAAAGCAUCCCAUCUGCUAUUCUGUAUCUCUGAAAAAAUAGCUCACUACUAUAACCUCUCAAUAAAUAAACUAACUGUCUUUCGGCUUUUCCCGGUUAGGGAUCGCCACAGCGGAACUCCGGUCCGCUAAUGACUGGCAGUAGAUUUUU